AUAAAGUUUACCCGAAGCUGUGUUUUCCUCUUAAGAUUUUAAUUUAUUUAUUAUUUCCUGAAUUAAAAACUAUUUUUACAACUAUCAGAAGCCUUUUGACCAUAUUGGGAUCGAAUUAAGCUUUGUGUUUGUUUCUUUUUGAAUAAAGUUUCUUCACGUGACCAGGAAGUAAACAGAAGGAGGGCCUGGCAGCGUUAGCAGCGUUAGCUUGUGUUCGGAGGACAGCGUUGUUUUGUUCUGACGUCUGUGCGGUUUUUGGACAGAAAGGACAAUAUUUGGUUCGUGUUGAAACUCUCUGAAUUUUCUAAGGCGUCGUAAAUGACGAGUUGUACGCGAAGACAACGUGGCUGUGAUUGUGAGACUAGCAGAUGAUCGGAGCUGCUGCUGUUCAGAGGACUUUGGUGUUUGUUGGAGCUGAAGAUCUUCUGCAGCUGCAGGAACCAUGUCUUCAUUUGCUCAGAAAGAGUCUGUCAGUGAACAGAUUCCCGCUGAUGAAGGAACCGUCGUCCAGAACGAGGAGGAGCUCUGUGGUCAGCGCAGACUGCUGGAUGUCACCUGGAAACCGCAGCUUCAGCUUCACGUCAUCGUCCUCCCCCAAGAUUGGGUGAGUGAAGAGGACAAUUUCUGCAACCAACAGAGGACCUUCAGAGUGGAACAGGACAAUACAGAACUUCCACAGACUAAAGAGGAACUGAAGGAACCAGAACUACUGAUUAAAGAGGAGCAAGAGGAACCAGAAUCUUCACAGAUUAAAGAAGAGCUACAAGGAUUUUGCAUCAGUCAGGAUCAAGAGCAGCUUGGUCUGAAGCAGGAGACUUAUACCUGGACGGAGAUUCCCAUUUAUGAGGAAAACGAGCAUAGUGAAGCAGACCUAGACAAUCAGUUGAUCUUUAAUGCAACUGAUAGUCAGAAUGAAGAAGGAAGCCAACAUGAAGAAUCAACAUCAACUACAGAUGAAGAGACAGACCCACAGAACAGAAGUUAUGUCCAAUAUCUGGACGGCUCUAGCAUGUCAGAAAGUCAGUGUGACUCUGUUAGAAAAAUGGUAAAGGGUAAAAGUUUUGGUGACUGUUCUCAGAUCAGAAUUCAAAUGAAAACUCAAAUGGGAGAAAAGCCCUUUCCUUGUAAAGAAUGUGAUACCAGCUUUAGUGACGCAUCUAAUCUCAAAAGACACAUGAGAACUCAUACAGGAGAGAAGCCCUUUUCUUGUAAAGUAUGUUAUAGAAGUUUUAGUCAAAUAUCUCAUCUCAAAAGACACAUGAGAACUCACACAGGAGAGAAGCCUUUUUCUUGUGAAGAAUGUAAUAGAAGUUUUAGUCAUGACUGUAAUCUCAAAACACACAUGAAAACCCACACAGGAGAGAAGACUUUUUUUUGUAAAGAAUGCGGUACCAGUUUUAGUCGUAAAUACAAUCUCAAAAAACACAUGAGAACUCAUACAGGAGAGAAGCCUUUUGCUUGUGAAGAAUGUAAUACAUGUUUUUUUCAAAUAUAUGAUCUUAAGAGACACAUGAGAAUUCACACAGGAGAAAAGCCUUUUUCUUGUGAAGAAUGUGAUAGAAGUUUUAGUCAAAUAUCUAGUCUCAAAAGACACAUGAAAACUCACAGGAGAAAAGCCUUUUUGUUGGAAAGAAUGUGAGAGAAGUUUUAGUUCAAUAUCCAAUGUCAAAACACAUUAAAACUCAUACAGGAGAGAUUACCUUUUCUCGUGAAGAACGUGAUACCAGUUUUAGUUGUAUAUCUAGUCUGAAAUCACACCAGAUCUCACACAUGAAAGAAUGCUCCUCUUGUAAAUAAUAUGAUACAAGUUUUAGUCAAAUCUCAAUGUCUCAAAACACACAGAACCAGCAGAAGCUUGAAGCCAGCUAUCAAAUCAACCUGAGCUUUUAUUAUAUGUACACAGAGCCACAACCUGAUUCCGCCAUACCACAGGGCACUGAUGUGCUAAUUAAGUUUGGAGGCAGAAGUGAAUAUUGAAUGCAAAGAAAAAGCAUAGUUUUCUGAAAUCUGACAUGUGCUGAAAACACUUUUUUAUUUUUUUCAUAUGAUAUUCUAAUGUUCUAAGACACUGUUUUAGGUUUUUAAUAACUGUAAACCCCAGUUAUAAUAACACUGUAAAGAUACCAUACAUUAUAAGUUUCACCUUGUAAAAUUAUUGAGAAAAAUAUUUAACUUUUUUAGAAAAUAAAUUAUGUAAUAUUUACCUGUGAAAAUAAAUGUGUAGUUUUGAAAUGCAACAA